AUCCUAAUAAUAUGGUUCCUUCUAAAAUGGUCAAAAAAAAAAGAAGAAUUCCAUAACAAAAUCCACACUCCUAUAUGUAUGUAACAACCACAAUUCUUCAAAACCCUUUAAUUUCAAUCACGAUCAAACAUUAAUCGUGUCACAUUUGGGUGUGAUUCAAACUUACAAUUCUUAUAUAUCAAUGGCGGUUUCCAAAGUGUAUUCAUCGUUUUUGUUUUUGAUCGUGAUAUUGACGACGAUUUACGUCGCGGCGGUGGCGGCAGCGCCACCAAGUACGCCGGGACCUCCUCAGUUGCCAUGCGUGCAACAACUGAUCCCGUGCCAACCUUUCUUGAAGCAAACUACAACGCCGCCGGCGGCGUGCUGCAUUCCGAUGAAUGAACUGGUGAAGAAUUCGGUGGAUUGCCUGUGCCAGGUCAUCAACACCCCAGACAUCUUAAAGACGUUCAAUAUUACACAAGCUGAUGCUUUCCAUUUGGCCAACUCCUGCCAUGCUAAUGCUGAUCCUUCCAUGUGUAACAAAAAUGGUACUGUAUCACCAGGUGCUUCACCAGCAGUCCCAUUAACACCACCAGGUUCUACAGCUUCAAACAGCAGUUCUCACAAAAGUAAUGAUGGUGUUGGUGUUCGAUCCCAGUUCGGAGUGUUGUCUGCCAUGAUUGAUUUGUUUCUAUUCCUCAUUGUUUCAAAUAUGGGGAUUUUCUGAAGAUAUGUUUAUUGUUCCACAUUUGUCAUCGGAUCUGAUUUAGCGUUUGUAGUUCGAGGCUAGAAUUUUUUAUUUUUUUUGUUCUUUGAUUUUUUAAAAUUUUUUUGGAGCUGGUAAUGUUACGUUGGAUGAAUAAAGGACUGUGAAUUCUUUACCAACAUAUCCUAGUAUUAUGUUUAUCAUAUUUAGGGGUAUCGAUUCAAGAUACCGGAU